AUGGUCUGUCACUCUUUUAUGCCACUCGUGCUUCUUGCCACAGGUCUUUUCCUCCUGCCAGCUCAAUCUAGCCCCCUUGUGUUCCAGAAACGCGGUAUCUGCGCCACCGAGGAUCCAGAUACAUCUUUCCUAAGUGCCCUUCAACAAGUCAAGGUUGAUGAGGCCCAUCCAAGUCCCGCAGUGUCGCAGGCCCGACAAGCGCCUAUUGAAAUUGAAACGUGGUUCCAUAUUGUGAGCAGCCAUGCUGAGGUGGGCCAGGUCACUGAUUAUAUGAUUAAUUCCCAGCUCUCGAUCCUACAGGAUGCAUAUGAGGAUUCUGCUAUCCAGUAUCGCUUGCAGGGUGUCACCCACCACGUCAAUGAUGUCUGGGCACAGGACGGAGAUGACAUGGCCAUGAAGAAAGCGCUCCGGAGAGGGAGCUAUCGAACUCUGAAUGUAUAUUUCCAGACCGAUCUCCAGGCAUCUCCUGGGCAAGCUGGACGGGCUGAGCACCGUGCGGCUGGCCAGUCCAACGAUCUGUCUUCUAGCGUAUUGGGCUUCUGUACACUGCCUGAUCCAAGUGUGAACGCUACCAGUCCCCGGGCAGACUAUGUCAAAGAUGGUUGCAACAUCCUCGCCAAGACAAUGCCUGGCGGUUCUUUGGAUCUAUAUAACCGGGGAGGGACUGCAAUCCAUGAAAUUGGACAUUGGAACGGUCUCCUUCAUACUUUCCAGGGAGAAUCCUGUUCUGCAAGCAAUCCCGGUGAUUAUAUCGCCGACACUCCACAGCAAUCCACCCCUACAGACGGAUGUCCUGCUCAGAAGGAUUCAUGUCCCGACUCCGCAGGACUCGAUGCUGUCCACAAUUUCAUGGACUAUUCAUCCGAUGUCUGUUAUGAUAAUUUCACACCCGGUCAGAUGAACCGAAUGCGCAAUAUGUGGGCUACCAUGCGUCAAGGCAAAUAG